UUUCUCGGCGGUGCCGCAAUGCUAUGUAGAGGGGACUUGAAGUGUUGGUGUUUCAGCGGGUGGUUCGGAUAGGAUGUGUUUGUUGCAGAGACUACGAAGUGUUUCUCGCUAAAAUGUAAAUAAUCGUGAAUGAUUAAUGCUGUAAUCACCAAAAAUUGCCCUCAUUUAAGAUGGAAUUGAGCGGUACGCCGUCGAUUACCAAGGCCUUAUGUUUCAUUUGAUUUGGCCUCAACCCGUUUGUCUUUAGAUCCACCGUUUGUUUAGUUAUGAAGCAAAUAGUUUUAUCAUUAGUAUACGCUAAAUUAUUUAGUUAACGUGAGUGUGCUGUCGGUGAUAAAGUGUUAGCUGUCUCGCAACCUGAAACUAAGAUUAUCACUUUCACCUAAUGUUAUUAUUGCUGAGAGACCUAAAGCCAUAGAAAAAGUGAAGUCUUCUAACACUGGGUAUACCAUAACUGAACAUAAUGGAGAAAAUCUGUCGGCUGUGCAUGAGCAGAGCAGAUGAUUUGAUUUCCAUCUUCGAAACCACUGACGAAUUUGACCGUACCGUUGCAAAUAAAAUAUCAGCCUGUGUUGCCAUAGAGGCUGUGGAAGGUGAUGGAUUGCCAUCUGAAAUUUGUAAGGAAUGUGCCUCGCUCUUGGAUGUUAUGUAUAACUUCAAGGAAAAAUGUCGGGCAUCAGACUGGACACUUCGAAAGCUGAAAGCCAGAGUGACACAUCAUCGUCAAUUUGUGGGCCCUGUAUACAAGUUGAUGAAUGAAACAAAUCCUGAUGUAAAUCUUGAUGCAAGGCUGGCCAAGAAUCUGAUUGGAUAUCACAAUGCUGCUCCUGCUGAGGGGCCUGAAACUUUCUUGGUGCAAAAGGGGCCUGAGGUGAUAGCUAUCACAGUCAUUGAUCCUAAUGCACCUGGGGAUUGUACAAAAUCGAAUACAUCUGGUGGUUGGACUGACCCAAUGAAACCGCAUGAUAUGCAGUCUUCAGUGGAUGGCAGAUCUCUUUAUGGGGGAACUCCUGGCAGUUCUUCACCAGAUCUCGCCGAGGGAGCUCCAAUAUUAUUUGUCAAUGAAGGUAUCGACUCUGACGGACAGUUGGUAACAGAAUUUGAACCAGUAAGUGCAUUCCACCCUGAAGCUCUUCGGCGCAGACUCGAAAGAGAUCUUCCGAAAAGUGAAAAUGAUAUGCAACCGGCCUCAAAAAGUGAAACUGAUACGCAACCAGCUUCAGAAAGUGAAACUGAUAUGCAGGCAGCUGCAGAGCAAAGAUCAGAGCAAAGAAAUUCUGCAGUUCACGUGUGCCGAGAAUGUAAGGAACCAUUUGGAACUGAAGAAGAAAUGAUUAAUCAUCUAAAGACUCAUUAUAGUUGUAUAGAUUGUGGUCAGACUUUUACAGAGGUUGACGAGUUGACCGAACAUUGCAAAAUGUUAUGUGCAGCAGAACCUUGGAGUUGCAAAACAUGUGGAAUGACAUUUAGCAGUAAAGACAAACUUCAUAAUCAUUUACAAGUCCACACAGAGAAACCAUAUAUCUGUGACGAGUGUCCAUCAUCAUUUUCAAGAAAGGAUGUUCUUGCAAGACAUAAAGCUAUUCAUUCUGGGCGCCAGUUUAUUCAUGUUUGUGAUGAGUGUUCUAGAGUAUUUACGCGUGAAGAGGACAUAAAUUUGCACAAGCUGACCCAUUCAUUUUGUAAAGAUUGUGGCGUUCAGUUUGCAUCGAGUCAGGAAUUGUCAGCGCACAAAUUGUCGUGCCCAAAUGUUAAACCUUGGCCUUGUGACUUAUGUGAUAAAUCGUUUGUUUCAAAAGACAGACUUAAUCGACACUUAAAAAUACAUUCUUCUGAUAAACCGUAUGUAUGCGAAAUUUGUUCAGCUGCAUUUAAUAGGAGAGAUAAACUGACAAGACAUAAAACAACACACAGUGGUGACAGACCUUAUCAGUGUGAAUAUUGUGAUCUUAGCUUCACCCGAAGAGACAAACUUGGAAGACAUAUGACCACUCACUUUAAAUCUCAAGUUAAUAAUGAGGAAAACUUCAGUUAGGGGGAAGAAAUUUAUUUUCAUGAGUUUUUUUCAGCUGAAUAAUUUCAAAACAUUGUGACAGCUGCAGUUUUCAAACAUGUUUCAUCAUUAUCUCAAAUUUUCGACGCGCAGGUCGCCUAAGUGGCGUCAACUCGAAAGACCUGCACCAGGCGAACGGUCUACCCGACGGGAGGCCCUAGCCACACGACAUUUAUUUAUCUCGAAUUUAAAUUAUAUUCUGAUUUUAUUUAUUUAUUUUUUUCAUUAAUUUGUUCAUUUCAUCCUCCUUCGGUGUUAUACAUGAACAUCAUUUAGAAAUGCCCUUGACAUAAGAUAUGUAUUUAUAAUUUGUCAUUAAUCAUACAGGCAAUUUUGCCUUGGAAACUGAAUUAUUGGGCAUAUAAUGCUGUAUGUUUUUCUGCAAUUUUCCCUCCUGAACGUAUGCCUCCACCAAUUUUUGGCUUGAAUUGAUCAUGUAUGUAACAUAAAAGUUUGUGAAUUAAUAUUUAAAAAAGUUUUUGUUAGCCCUUAAUUUAGAAGGGUAAAAACUUUCAAGCCUUUACAUGGAAGGUACGAUGACUCCCUUGUUGAACUGUCUGUAAUAACAUUAACCCCUAAACUUACUUUCUACUGUAGCUGAACAAACAAAGCACUGUUGUGAUCAUGACAAAUAAGUUAGAGUAGUCAACAUUUUCGGUAGCAGUGAGUCCAGUGGCUUUAUGUCUCUGCUGUGUGACAGUAGACUAAAAAUUACUCAUAUUUGAGUGAAAGCAUUCUAGAAGCACUGAGAUGGCUACCAACAAGGCACUUGACAUUUCAUGGAGAACGGGGCACACAUGCUGCAUUUAAUAAAGAAGUUUUCUAGAAAUAAUUGAUUUUCUAAUGAGUAUUAUCUUGUUUAUUUAGAUGGCAUUCGUAUUUUGAGUCCAGGUGUUCAUACAGAGAUAGGGACUAAAAAAUGAACCCCCAGAUUAUUUCAGGAAAUGCAUUAUUAUUUUAGUUGUCAGUUCCUAAAAACUAGUGUUUGUCUUUCGUACAGUGAAAAUAAUUUUUCAGUAGUGUUAGUGUGUAGAUAUGACAGAAGAAAUCACUCCAAAACUAAUACACAUAGGAAGAAAGCAAAGCAAAGUCAAGUCAUAGAACACGAAUCACUGGGAGACCCUGAAGGAAAGGUGCAGGCACCUUUCUUAUAUGAAGUAUAAGAGCUGUCUGUGUAAGUGUAGAUGUUUAGUGUAGGUGACUGGAGUGAGUGAGCAAGUGUGUGUGUGUGUGUGUGUGUGUGUGUGUGUGUGUGUGUGUGUGUGUGUGUGUGAGGGGGGGGGAGAGAGAGAGAGAGAGAGAGAGAGAGAGAGAGAGAGAGAGAGAGAGAGAGAGAUGGUGAAACCCGGAGCUGGCACAUAGCCUACUCCUCUCGAAGAGCACCAAGAGGGCCACCGAGCGUAACGACCCCAUCCGAUGGACAGAUCACCAUCAACAGUGUUGCAUGCUCUCACUUCAUGAGACAUUGAGGAGAGGUUUCGAAUUCAAUCCAGACCAUUGGCACGAAGAUUAUUGACCAGGGACCUUACACCUCUACCCCUCCUAUUGCCUCUGCUGCAAAGGCAAAUGAAAAUUUUCAAUAGUGCGCAACAUACCCAGAUGGUCAUCCAUCUAAGUACUGGCCAUGCCUGGUGGUGCUUAACUUCAGUGAUCUGAUGGGAAGAAUGUGUAUUAUAGAAGUUUUACAGACGAGUGUCAACAUACAAUGUAAUUACUGGAUAUCUUGACAACAGAGUCAGUAUAAAAGAGGAAUGGUAAUGCUUUGAAGAAUCUUCAUUUCUUUAAAUUCAUGUAAGUACUUUCCUUUCCUUUGUUUUGAAGUUACUAUGUUCAUAUUGAAUCGGACUGAGUAUAGUGUCAUCUUAAUUUUCACAUGCUGUGGCAUGUGAAUCAUUUCUGCUUCAUUAUAACAAAAACAAAGAAAAACUGCUACUUCUGGAAAGCAUGUCAUUUAUUUAUUCAUCCAGGGAUCAUCUUAAAAUGAUAGAAGAUUUGUCAAAAUACAAUGAAAAUAGGAACCUCAAAAAAUAUAGAUACACACAGAAUAUAUAAGCACGCUUUGAGGAUAGGACAUGUGGUUGGCCAUGGCCUUGAUGAAUGAACCAUCCCAGCAUUUGCCUGAAAUGGUUUAGGAAAACCUUAAUCAGAAUGGCUGGAAAGAGGAAAAAAUUCCCCAACCUUCUGAAUAUGAUGUUAGCACUUCAACUACUGCACUGCCUCUUUCGGUUAGUCCCUAUUGUGCAGUGUUUUCUUCAUACAUAAUUUGCACAAGGUAAAUUGCGAUACGAAAUUAGUUUCCUACUGUUUUUUUGCUUCUGUCUACACUGUCACUGCCUACUCUAAGGAAACCCACUGAUGACUUCGGGACCACGAACAUCCUGCUACGCCCCUUGCACUUCGUUCAAUCCAUCCGGAAAACUGAUUCCAGGACCACAGACAUGCUACCAUAUGUGAUGCACAUGUAGAUGUAAUCCCUUCAGUUUGCAUAGAAAAGUGAGCCAGUAUACCAUUUUAAGCAAUUCCCCAUAAUUGAGUCAGCAAGUAACAUUGUGUGGCAUGAAAUGUUUAAAAUUAUGUUGGUUGCUUCUUUGUAUGGUGUUUUGUCUCUUCGAAGCUGCAGCCAAGAGGAAAGUCAUACAGUUGAUCUAAGAUGAAUUUUCCUACAUGGUUGCUUACGGUGAAACACAGACAGGCUGUUAAGACAUCAUGUUUAUUCUAGAGUUGAUGUCUUUUCAGCCAAAUCCCGGUGAUCUGGUGAAGGGGUAUUCCCAAAUGGGAAUAUUUUAGGUAUUACCAAUUGUGAUAUUUUCCUUACUAACAAUGGAAAUAUAUCAAAAACAUUAGUUGGAACUUGGGAAUUGAAACCAUUUUUAUUUUGUUUCUGGGACCCUAUAGCCCAACCAAAAAUGGGUCUCUUUCUUUUUUUUUGUGUGUGUGUGUGUGUGUGUGUGUGUGUGUGUGUGUGUGUGUGUGUCAGUCAGUAAGUAUGUAUAACAGAGUAAAGUUGACGACUUGUUCUACAACUGUGUCAGGAUACCCAGGCAUUGACUAAUAACUGGUAGAUCCAAGAGAGAUCUGUGUUAGUUUUGUUUCCUAUUUAUGAAUAAAUCUAUUAGUCGCCAUCCUCUUUCCUAUUUCUGAUCACAUUUUCUGUCUGGUACAAGAAUAUUCAAAAUGGUACAGCAUAAGAAAAUGUUUGGAAGUGAUUGAACUGGAUUUGUAGUAAACCAUGUGCCUUGUUCAGUACAUGAUAAAUAAGUCUUGAGGUCUUGCUAAUCCAUGUGAGGUACCCCACCUCAAAAUUAACAGAAACCAUAAAAAUUGCUAGAAUAAUUAACACAUCUGAUGCUAGAGACAGUGAAAAUAUAAAUGUGAGAUAAGUGUUGUAUAGUAGAAAUAAAGUUAAGAGGAAUGAAUUGGGGUCUACCCAUCUAAUAUUAAAAAUUAAAUGUAUAUUUAUGUACAAUGUAUGUAUUGUGUAAAUAGUAGCUGUAUAAACCCUUUGUUUCUCUGAGAACUGCGUGCUAUGUGGGGCUGUAAUGUGUUAGUAAGCAAAACUGAAUAUAUUAAUUGUGAUCGAUGUGUACUAGAUGUAUUGAUUUUGAUUUUAAUUGUCUGCAGUUAUUAUUUAGAUUCUAAGUUUUUGUGUUGCAGUAGCUACAUUUCAAAAAGGCAGCUGACUGAUUUUUUUGUGAUGUUGAAAUAUUUUCUGUUUGUUGGUGUACUUAUAUGUAUUAGUUAGAUCGUGAUAAAGAUUAUGUACAUUUUCA